AGCUUGGUGUUUGUUUGGAAAAUUUUUAGCGUCAUAAAAGCAUAAAUUUUGUAUUGUUAAUGAAAAAGUUGUGCAAUGUUGUGGUUUAAACUGUUAUUACCAACAUUAUUAACAAUAUUUGAUUUUGUUUACGCUAUUGAUGAAAGUCGUUUGGUCGAUGCAGAAAAAUCGCUGGUGUGGGGGCCUGGCUUGAAGCCGGAUGAAGUUGUUUUACCAGCGCGUUACUUCUUCAUACAUGCUGUGGACAAGAAUGGGCGCAAAUUUGCGCAAUCACCGCCUCAGGAUUUUCAAGUGCUUAUUAAAGGCAAUUCGCCGCAUGGCAAAUGUCGUUCCAAUGUGAAUUUCCUUGAUCGCGGUGAUGGCUCUUCGAUUGUACGCUACACCAUCGCCGAUUGGUGUGAUCAAGUUGAAUUGGAAGUGCGCUAUAAUGGCUCACAUGUGGCGCAUUCACCAUAUGUCAUAUACAACAAAGUAUAUUCGGAACGUUGUUACUGCCCACAAGACUUAAACCUGUGGAUGUUGCACAAUAAUUGUCCUGCCGGCUUGGAUGACAAACAAAUCGUUUGGGACCUACAUUCAUUUAAGCGUGUAAACUUUAGCGCUAUACGUGAUAAUCUUUUGAGACGCUACAAUCAACCCGAAAGUGUAUCGUUGUGCCAUUAUGUAGUGAAACAGCAACAAAUAUGGCGUCAAUGUUAUGGCAAGUAUACGGGUUUCAAAAUGUUCAUGGAUGCUACUUUGCUGGCAUUGGGACGCGUUGCUUUACUGCCAGAUAUGGAAUUCUAUUUGAAUUUGGGCGAUUGGCCGCUCUCGAAAAAGGGCGGACAACAGCGUACCUCGGGUCCAUAUCCAAUAUUCUCUUGGUGUGGUAGUGAUGAUUCGUACGAUAUAGUGCUACCCACUUACGACAUCACCGAGUCCACAGUAGAGAAUAUGGGACGUGUAACAUUGGAUAUGUUGUCAGUGCAAAAGAGCGAAUAUCCGUGGGACGUAAAAGAGUCGAAAGCCUUCUGGCGCGGCAGAGAUUCACGCCGCGAGCGACUUGAGCUAAUCGAAUUGGCACGCAAACAUCCCAAUUGGAUAAAUGCAUCACUAACGAAUUUCUUCUUCUUCCGCAAUGAGGAAGAUAAGUACGGACCUAAGGUGCCGCAUAUAUCGUUUUUGGAAUUCUUUCGGUAUAAAUAUCAGCUAAAUUUGGAUGGCGUCGUCGCUGCUUAUCGCUUUCCGUAUUUGCUUGCGAGCGAUGCGUUGGUAUUCAAACAAGAUUCGGGUUUCUAUGAACAUUUCUACAGCAAGUUAACGGCGUAUAAACAUUAUGUGCCCUUUAAACGUGAUUUAAGUGAUUUGAUUGAACGUCUGCAAUGGGCAAAAGAAAAUGACGAUCGCGCACGUGAAAUUGUGUCAGAAGCACGAAAGUUCGUCGAAGCAAAUCUAAUGCCACAGCACAUUUAUUGCUAUCAUAUGGCUUUAUUUAAGGAAUGGAGCACCCGUCUAGUCUCACCCAUUACCGUAUUGCCUGGCAUGGAGCAGGUCGAACAGGUCUACACUUGUUCUUGCAAAGAACCGCCUUACACAAGAGAUGAGCUGUAGAUGCUCUCUACAGCACAAGCGCCUGCUAUCUUCGUACUUAUAUAUACAUAUAUAUAUCAUACUUAUAGUUUGCCAUCCCACUCAUAUUCUCACGCAUUUCAUGUUCUACGUCUUGUCCUGCCGUAUACACAUUCCAUUCUAAGUUUUAGUUUUAACUUGUUUGCAUUUAAGCCUGCUUCUGUUCCACUUUCACACAGGCUGGCUCUAAAGUAUUUUACUCUUAAGUUUUUUUCUUUGACUAUAUGCUGAUUUUAUAGCUAUCUAGAGACAAUGGGUCUCUAAUCAUAAUUUACCUUUUGAUAUUCUAUAUUUUUUGCCAUACAAAUAAGUUACAUAACCUCAAACUUGGAUAAAUAAGCAUACGCAUACAUGUGUGUAUGUAUGUAUGCAGUUGCAUUGCCAUUUUUACAAACUUUUAUACUUUUUUAAGCGAAUUUUUUACGUAUGUGCGAAAAUUAUCACAUUCCAAAUUGUACUUAAAUUGCGCAACGGCGAAUUUUAGUUUAGAAAAAUAUAUAUAAACGCAAAUGAAAUGUAUUAGCAAAAUUUUAUAACGUCUCGAGUAUACUCAAAACAAAACAAAAAAAAUCACAAAACAAAACGAAAAAAUUAGCUAAAAUUACAAAAACAACAAAAAAUAAAUGUAUGUGUGUCUGUGCAAUAUAGUGAAAAAUUUGAACUAUUUUUUUUCUCUCCCCACUAACCUUAAUGUCCUUCAGUGUGAGUAUAUCCGUGGAGAAUGUUGAAUUCACCACAGAUGGUUUAUUUUUGACGCUGGGGAAAAUGAUGCCACCUUUACGUGAGAGCGGUUUGGCUGAUGUUGUUGUGGUAGUGGCAGCGGAUGAGGCGACACUUGCUGUUGAAGCGCCGUUGCUGCCAGCCAUUUGCGCCGCGGUAACGGUAUAUGCGGUUACAGUUGGUUGACUGCCAGCAGCCACCGAGGGACUGGGCGUCGUCGUUGCGGCAUUGGUGUAUGCGUUGAGUGUGGCAGUUGUGGCGGCCGCUGUUGGCGGUGGCGCGGUAGUGCUGCCCGUUGUGCCGAUCGGUGUGGUGGGCAUAUUCGUCUCGGGAUACUCAUCGAUAACGGAGUAGCUACAGGGCGAUAAAGUAAAGUCAAUAAAACUGAAAUAUAUACCAUAAAUCACCGUUACUUACCGAUUUGGAUCAUAUUCGACGAGUCGAUCGAUGGUGGGAUCCAUUAACAACUCAGCUGGUACGGGUCGUUGUGCCAGCAACUGCACAUCGUCUUCUUGUUUCUUCAAGCGUUUCUCCACCAUAUCCAAAUUGUUGAUAAUUUGAUUCGUUUUCGCCUUCAAAUCGUGGUGUAUCUCACCGAUGGCGCGUUCCUGCCGUUGCGUCUGUGUCAGCAAGGCAUCCGAUUUGGGUAGCAAAUCAUUGAUAACGGAGGAUUUUGUUCCCACCACCACAUCCCACACUUCGUCCAUCU